AUGUUGCAGCUAGCCGGCUACACUGCUGAGAAAGUGGCCGCUGCCGUGCCGGUGAUCACGAGUUUCGAGCACACUCUGGCCGGUGUCGACCUCAUCAAGCUAGGGACUAAGUACCCGCUGCUUGUCGGCUCGUGGCUCAAGCCCAACGCCUUCGACAUCUACGACCAGUGGUGUGGGUCGAACGACUGGCACCAUCGUGGAGUACAAGCUCAUCCACCCUCUUCUACACACUUGACCCCUGAAUUCCGCACGGUCAACUGGGAUUUCUUCGGCAAAGAGAUCAAUGGCGAAAAGGUGGAACCUACUCGUCAAACGUUCUGCUUGUCUGAGACGCACUCCACCAUGGAUGAUCUCUUGGAACAGUAUUUCAUUUACGAUCGUCCUUCCACCGCCAUUGCCACUGCCGACUGGUUGGACCACUCGAGCCGCGCCAACGUGCAAACGAAGCUGUCCAAGAUGUUACACUUGUUGGGUGGCCCGGAGAAGCCACAGCUGCACCCCACGCUAACGCUGGACUCGAAGUCAUAUUAA